GUGGCACUAAUCAGCCCUCAUAGCGGAGGCGCAUCAUCGCUGCUGAUGUGGAAAUUCCUCCUUUGUGGCGUUUAAAAGCCCCGCACCGAUGAGGGAAUGAUGUAGCCCUGCGCUCCAGCACGACCACGUUCAGCAGGCGCGGGCGGUGCGUGUCUUUUAAAUGGGAAAUCUGUUGGGCAGCUGGCGUUUCAAGGAGCCCAGCACCAUAGAGGAAUGCGACUCGACGUGGGGGUCGGACUCGGAGGGCGAGGAGCCGCCAGCUGAGGAUGACAGCGGGAUCUCCGACUCCAUCAGCCCGGCGGAGAGCGAGCGGGCCUCGGGUCAGGCGGGGGACACCUCCCCUCAGCUGACUGAUUCUCCAGAGGCAGCUCCAAAGAUGAAAAGGAGUUUCUACGCCGCCAGGGAUCUCUACAAAUACCGCCACAGCUAUCCGAACUUUAGAAAAUCCCGGCAGCCUAACGAGUACCGAAACCUCCGCUUCUACAUGAACAAGAUCCCUCUGGUACCUGAUGGCAUCUACAUAGAGGAGAUUCUCACCAAGUGGAGAGGCGACUACGACAAACUGGAGCACAAUCACACCUACAUUCAGUGGCUGUUUCCAUUGAGAGAACAAGGGCUCAACUUCUACGCACACGAACUGACUCAGGACGAGAUCAAAGAAUUCCAAAGCACUCGUGAAGCAAAGCGGAGGUUUGUUGCUGCCUAUUCCAUGAUGUUGGACUUCUAUGGCGUCAAACUGUUGGAUAAAAACGGCAACGUCACCCGGGGCCCCAACUGGAGGGAACGGUUCCAGCACCUUAAUGAAUCCCACCAUAAUUACCUGCGGAUCACUCGGAUCUUGAAGUCACUGGGAGAACUCGGCUACGAGGCCUUCAAAGCUCCACUGGUUCGCCUUUUCCUGGAGGAGUCUCUGUGCAACGGCACCCUCCUUAAUAUGCAGCACAGCGCGCUGGAGUAUUACGUCUACACCAUCCGGCUGCCGGCAGCCCGUCGACGUCUGCUGCGUUUCGCCCGCCAACACUACAGGCCUCCCCAUGCCUUCCUUUGGGGCCCGCCGCCUAAAAAACGAGGCGGCUCAAGCGUGGGUGCCGGCAGCAGUGGGAUCAGAGCUCCUGCACCGACACCGGAGCAACAGCGGCGGGGAGAGGAGAGCACCCCACCUGCAAUCUUGUCUUCCCAUGAUGCCAUCAUGUGCCAGGAGGUGGCUGGAGGAGGGAUCAACGGCUGUACAGAGCUGGGUUCCAGCGGCGCCGGCGUGCCGAGAGCACUGAUGCUGGUAGGAGGAAGAGGACAGAGGAGUGACUACGAUGAGGCUUUUCCUUUUUAGGGAGCACAUCUUUUACAUUUUUCCCACUUCAGUUACAAGAACCCGGAGAGGAAAACAGAGAAAGAUAUUCGGACUGUUACCCACACAAUUAGAAGCAAUUAAGGGCUCAUCAUAAUCAUUGCAAACCAGUUUAUAAAGACAAUAUUCUGAGCCAAAACAGACUACUCUUGGAAACAUCUAAGAUCAAACAUAGAUCUAGUGUCAGUCCGGAUCUGAAAAAGGUUUCCUGUGUUCCUACCGACUCUUUAGAUUCACUUGAUGGUGAUUUAACUGACAGAAAACGUGUUCAAACGCCUUCCCUAUGUUUCUUACACGUUAAACUGACAGGAAAAUCUUGAUUUUUUGUUUUUGUUUUUUUGUUUUUGUCAACAUAGUUUCAGAGGACACAAGGGAAGAGACGAGUAACUGUUGAGCAAUACUGUUAGAUUUAAAAAAAAAAAAAUCCUCCUAACCGAUUUAUGCACCAACUUUACAGUUUUAAUAUGUCUAAAAGUCGACACCUGCUCCAGAAAUUGUAAAAAAAAAAAA